AUGACUGUCGAGUCUCAGGCUUCCUCCCAGGAUCGAGACGUGCUAUUCGACCCGGAAUCACAACGGUCCCCCAAUGCUCUCGCCACGGCCGAUGCCCAGGUUGAUGACCACAAUGGCGAUCUCGUCACUGCCGCCGAGAACAAAGACCUCAAGCGUGGCCUUGCCGAGCGCCAUCUCACGAUGCUGGGUAUUGCUGGCGCUAUUGGCACCGGACUAUUCCUCAGCUUAGGCGGUGCCAUUCAGAGUGGCGGUCCUCUAGGUGCUCUCCUGGGUUAUGCCAUUGUCGGAGGCAUUGUGUGUGCUGUGCAGUUCGCUUUGGGCGAAGUCACUGCUUUACUGCCCGUCACUGGUAGUUUUGUGCGGCACGCUGGUUUUCUGGUCGACCCAGCCCUCGAGUUCGCUAUCGGCUGGAAUCUGGUCUACGGCAAUCUGCUUAGCAUCCCGUCCGAGAUCACUGCCAUUUGCGUCCUCUUUGAGUUCUGGACCGACCUCAACAGUGCUGUCUGGAUCGUCAUUUUCGUGAUCCUGACUGUACUGGUGGGGGUUGCGUUUGUUCGCCUCUUUGGAGAGAUUGAGUAUGUGUUUGCCAUCCUCAAGGUCCUCAUGGUCAUCUUCCUGAUCAUCCUCGGCCUUGUGAUUGAUCUUGGCGGCAUCCCGGGCACUCCUCGCAUCGGGUUUCUUUACUGGCAGAACCCCGGACCAUUUGUCGAAUAUAUCGCCACGGGCAAUUGGGGAAAGUUUCUCGGUUUCUGGAGCGUCAUGACCAGUGCCGUGUUCUCCUUUGCCGGCGUCGAGUCCAUCGCCAUGGCAGCGGCUGAAACCAAGGACCCACGCCGAGCCAUCCCGCGUGCCUGCAAACAGGUCUUCCUCCGUGUCUUGCUGUUCUACAUGCUCGCAGUCCUCAUCGUCGGCAUGCUGGUCGCGAGCAAUGAUUCUCGACUCGGUGACGAGAGUGGCACCGCAGCCCAGAGCCCCUUCGUCAUCGCCGCCAGCGCUGCUGGUAUUCGCGCCAUUCCCAGUCUUGUCAACGCCAUCGUCAUCACCAGCGCCUGGAGCUCGAGCAACCAGUCGCUUCUGUCGGGCACCAGGGUCCUUUACGGACUGGCACUGAAGGGACAGGCACCGAAGAUCUUCCUGCGGACCACGUCGUGGGGUACUCCCUACGUCUGCGUGGCUCUGUUCACCGCCUUCAUGUUCCUCAGCUUCCUGACGUUGAGCAAUGAUGCUCUGACUGUCUUCUGGUGGCUUGUGGAUCUGACUGCGGCUGGUGUCUUGGUCAGCUGGAGUGCGAUCCUCUUUAACCACAUCCGCAUGAGGCUCGCCGUCAGAAAGCAGGGCAUCCCUUUGGCGAGACUUCCUUGGCAUAACUCUUGGACCUUGUACAGCUCAUACUCCGCCUUGGUUCUGUGUAUCACGAUCCUCCUGACGAGCGGGUUCAGUGUCUUCACCAAAGGCAACUGGGAUCCCGAGACUUUUAUAUCGUCUUAUUUGGACAUACCACUUGUUCUUGCUGCAUACCUGAUCUGGAAGCUCAUCAAGAAGACCAAGAUCACUGCAUUGGAGGAUAUACCCCUCGAGGACGCCUUGAAACAGGCUGAUCUGGAAGAAGAAGCGAGAUAUCAGGACUAG